ACGAGAAACGGUCAGAUUAAUAUACAGAGAGUUGCUUAAAAGUAUUUUGAAUUGAAUUCAAAUAUGUGUAGGCAUAAGGAAGCUUCAAUUCUCUAUCAAUGGAUUCCAAAACUAAAUUCUACUCCUUCUUAUCUCGAAUCUUUUUACCUUCACUUCACGGUAAUAAUCUCUAUGUUCUUCUUUAUUAUACUACUAGCUACCUCAUUGAGUUGAGAUGCAAUUUAACAACAUUUUGGUGAUUGAUUAUCGAAAUUGGGUCAAUCGGAGCUCAAAAUGGGGAAAAAGGAGAAAGAAAUCAUCCAAUUGGAAAGAGAGACUGUGAUUCCCAUUCUCAAAUCACAACUCAUUCUCACUUUCACCAGUCUCUUAGGAGAUGCUUCUGAUAGGGCUGAGUUUGUAAAGUUCUGCAGAAGAGCUGAAUACAUGAUUCGAGCUUGGUACCAUUUGCAGUUUGAAGAUUUGAUGCAACUUUACUCACUCUUUGACCCUGAAUCUGGGGCUCAGAAAUUGGAGCAGAAAAAAUUAUCUUCUGGAGAAAUUGAUAUACUUGAACAGAAUUUUCUAACUCGCUUGUUUCAGGUUAUAUACAAAAGCAACUUCAAAAUGGCAACUGAUGAGGAGAUUGAUGUUGCUUCAGGGAAGUAUCUUUUAAAUCUUCCCAUCGUAGUUGAUGAUUCCAAGCUCGACAAAGAACUUCUGAGCAGGUACUUUGCUGAGCACAGCAAUGUAAUGCGUCCCAGCUAUGCUGAUAAGUAUGUCAUAUUUCGACGAGGAAUCGGAAUUGAUCAUAUGACUGAUUAUUUUAUCAUGGAAAAAGUGAACAUUCUCAUUACACGCUUUUGGGCAUUUCUCUCAAGCCUGAUUAGGCUAGGAACUCUUUGGACGAGAAGAUCAAAUGUGUGGAAAAAGAACGAUCUAAAGAAUAAUGAUGUGAUUAAAGCCAAAGCACAUCAGGACUAUCUGACUGUCGAAAGAUUUCGUCUAGAAAAUAUGGAAAUAAGUAUCCGAAAUUUGCUGAGCAAGGCUAGAAUACAAGAGCCCACAUUCGAAAGGAUAAUUGUUGUUUACAGGCGAGCAAGUACCAAAACAAAACAGGAACGCGGAAUAUAUGUGAAGCAAUUCAAGAAAAUUCCAAUGGCUGAUAUGGAAAUAGUUCUUCCAGAAAAGAAGAAUCCUGGGUUAACUCCAUUGGACUGGGUGCGAUUCUUGGCUUCUGCUGUAGUUGGGCUGGUUGCUGUAAUUAGUUCGAUUGAUGUGCAUAAGGCUGAUCCUUGGGUCAUUUUUGCUUUCCUUUCUCCAGUGAUUGGUUACUGUGCUAAGAUAUACAUCUCGUAUCAACAGAGCUUGGCUGCAUAUCAGACAAUAAUUACAAAAUUUGUGUAUGACAAACAACUGGAUAGUGGAAGGGGCUCACUCCUUCACCUGUGUGAUAAUGUCAUUCAACAGGAAGUUAAAGAAGUAAUUGUUUCUUUUUUUACAUUGAUGGAAAAAGGCAAAGCUACUAUGAAGGACUUGGAUAAGCAUUGUGAACAACUAAUUGAAAAAGAGUUUGGAGAGACAUGUAACUUUGAUGUGGAUGAUGCAGUUGAAAAAUUAAAGAAGCUGGGCAUUGUUACUGAGGAUACCGAUGGUCAGUAUAGUUGCGUGGCACUAAAACAAGCUAACGAUAUUAUUGGCACCACUACUGAAGAACUUGUACUGGCAAAACAGGAAAUUGCUCAUUCUUAAUGCUCGAUCUUUGGAAGUAGCUACUCUACUUCCAAUAACUUGUGAUACAAGAAAACGUUCACCAGAUCAUGGCGAGACAUGUAUUUGGAAGAUGAUGACGUGGGUAUUUAUUAUUCAACUGAGUUUUUCGAGUUCUUGAAGAAUAUAUUUUCCUUCAAAUAGCUAGGGUUCUUUUUUUUGUAGUUAAACAAUUCUACUUGGUUUUUAAUGUUUAUGCUGGUAUUACUCUUAUUAUUGUUUAUAUAAAGAUAUUAAAUAAUUAAUUGAAAUAUAGGCUAACGAAGUAGACUUUCUCU